UGGUUCAGCAAUCGAAGGGCCAGGUGGCGAAAACAAGCAGGAGCCAAUCAGCUAGCAGCUUUCAACCACCUGUUGCCGGGUGGAUUUCCUCCCACAGGGAUGCCAACACUUCCAACGUACCAGCUGCCAGAGUCCAGCUAUCCAACCAACACUCUGUCCCAAGACGUUAAUGGUACAGUCCACCGCCCACAGCCGUUGCCUCCAUCCACCAUGCACCAGGGCGGUCUGGCCAGCCCUGACAGCGGCUCGGUCUACGGCCUGGCCUCCAACCGCCACGGCUUCUCCACCUACUCUGACUCCUUCAUGAGCUCUGCUCCCAGCAACCACGUCAACCCUGGCAGCAACGGACUCUCACCACAGGUGAUGAGCAUGCUGGGUAACCCCAGUGCUGUUUCCUCUCAGCAACAACACGACUUCUCCAUCUCGCCGCUCCACAGUGCCUUGGACUCCUCUCCUUCCAACGCCCUCUCAGCCAGCUGCAGCCAGCGCUCAGCUGAGAGCUCCAUGAAGACAGUGGACAGCCUUUCGUCAUCCCAGUCCUACUGCCCCCCCACAUAUAGCACUACCAGCUACAUGGACCCCGCUGUGGCUGCUGCCAGCUACCAGUACACACAGUACGGCCAGAAUAGGCUCAAUCUUGGAGGCAGAGGACUCUCACCGUGACUGCUCAACAGGGAUUUAAGGUAUAAGGCUGGUUGACAGGAAUAACAGCUUCCUUUAGAGGGCCUCGCUAAAC